CAGCUGGAGGCGGUGGAGCAGAAGCCCCAGCCAUGGCUACGAUCCGAAAGAAGCUGGUGAUCGUUGGGGAUGGCGCCUGUGGGAAGACCUGCCUCCUCAUUGUCUUCAGCAAGGAUCAGUUUCCAGAGGUCUACGUCGCUACAGUCUUUGAGAAUUAUAUUGCGGAUAUAGAGGUGGAUGGGAAGCAGGUGGAGCUGGCUCUGUGGGAUACUGCAGGGCAGGAAGACUAUGACCGUCUGCGGCCUCUCUCCUACCCGGACACUGAUGUCAUCCUCAUGUGCUUCUCCAUGGACAGUCCAGACAGCCUGGAAAACAUUCCAGAGAAGUGGACCCCGGAGGUGAAACACUUCUGCCCUAAUGUUCCCAUCAUCCUGGUGGGGAAUAAGAAGGACCUGAGGCAAGAUGAGCACACCAGGAGAGAGCUGGCCAAGAUGAAGCAGGAGCCUGUUCGUUCUGAGGAAGGCCGGGACAUGGCAAAUCGGAUCAGUGCUUUUGGCUACCUUGAAUGCUCAGCCAAGACUAAGGAGGGUGUUCGGGAGGUAUUUGAGAUGGCUACGCGUGCCGGCCUCCAGGUCCGCAAGAAUAAGCGCCGGAGGGGCUGCCCUAUUCUCUGAGAUCCCCUCACUUCGCUGACCUGCCCCCCUCACAAAGGUGUCGCCCCAACCCGAAUUGCACCCUUAAGACUUGUGCCGAGGGCACUCUUUUUAGCUCCCUCCUGCCCAGGACUGCAGAGUCUCCCAGCCCCGAGGUGGUGAUGGCCCCACCUUUCCUUUGACCCUCAGGGAACCAGGCCAGUGCCCUGUCCUUCAACAGAGGCCCUGCUGCUUUGGUCCAGGGGUGGGGCCCCUGCUCCCUUUGGCCUUCCUGAGAAUAGUCACACACCAGCACUUUAUAUACUUCUGGCUCCCAGGAGCAGGUCUAGGGUAGGGGCCUUUGUGAUUUUAUUUGGCUGGGGGCAUG